UUCCCCUAUAUAUAUAUAAGACUAUAUAAAGCCACCUUCCACCCCAAACCAAAAAUAUCUCACUCAUCGAACCUUCUAGAACACAUUUCCAACAUGUCCACGUCAUCACCCGACGGAAUAUUCACCGUCGCCGGUGACGCCGACGGAGUUCUAGAAGCUCCUUAUCUAAACUCGGAGCUUCCAAACCUCCUCCACCGUAUAGCAGAAGAAGGCGGCUAUGCAUACGCAACAAUGGCAUCACUAGCAGCAACCGGAGACAUACGAGCAGCGGAAGCAGCGAAGGAGAUGGCGUGGGAACAGUUACAUUCCGGUCCAUGGAAUUCAGUUGUACCUAUAUGGAGAGACGCGUAUUCAACAUCGUGUAUGCAUUUAGCGAAGAUACAUUAUGGUAAUUGUGAGUUUAAUCAAGCUAUUAAGGUUUUAGAUAUGGGGAUUAUUAUGGGAGGAAUGAUGUUCAGAGAUGAUUUGAAUGCCGCGAUUUCGAAAGCCAUGGAGAAAGCUCGGAGGAGUGUGGAUAAAAGUGAAUCGGAGAUUGAGUUUGUUUCGGGAGAUAUUAACGUGGCGGAGGUGCAACACUUGUUACCUAGGAAGUCAUUGUCUUGUAAGUUAGUAGGGAAAAGCUCAGCCUUAUCGUUGGAGGCAUUCCUGAAAAACCAUUAUUUAUCAGGAUCCCCGGUGGUCAUCAGAGAUUCCAUGGAUCACUGGCCUGCCAAGAAUAAGUGGAAUGACAUGAAUUACCUUAGAAAGGUUGCUGGCUUCCGUACGAUCCCUGUUGAG